AUUACUCUGUUUUCCAAAGAAAUCUUCCCCUCUAAAUUUAAUAUAGAGAUUAUUGCUAGAAUUGCCUCCCCUUGUUGCGCUCUCCUGUAGAUAAGGUAAAAUAUCGCAUUGUUUACAUAGACGACUUUCAAGCAGAAGAUACCUACUAUAUUAUGUGUGAUUUUAAGAAAUUUUUACCUACCUGUGAUUGUAACUCUUUUGAUACGACUUUUUACAGUAUAUUUGAGUGUGAAGGAGACCUUUUUAAUCAUUUAUGUAAUCUUAAUAGUUCUGGUAUACCAUCGCCCAAAGAAUUUUUUGUAAGCUGUCCGGAGUUCUUAGUAAUUUUAUACAGAACAGGUUUUUUUGUAAUUGACAAACAUGUACUACGUUUAAAAAUCUGUGACAAUCACCGCAAGAAAUUGGGUGUGCUAUGGAGGAGAUCAAAGAGAACGUGUUCAUAUCCAGGGCAUAAAGGACAUUCAAAAGCGGACCGAGGGGCGUCUCCUGCACUGUGUAAGGAAGUCUGGUUGCAGACGGGGCAGACAUUGCCAGUUGGAUCAGCCUUAUGUAAAAAAUGCCUAUUGAAGCAUAAAAAAGAAGUAAAUCAUGAUGAAGAAAUAGGUAUCGUUCGACAGAUUGCAGAUGAAUUGAAAGAACUUCAGUCCAAUGAAGCACGCCUUAAUGCUGCACAGCACACAGAGAAGAUUGCAGAUAAAGAAGAUUCCUUUUGCUUAGAGUUGGACAUAAAUAUGGAAUGUAAUGAAAUGGAAGAUAGUUUCCAUACACAGACAGGUAGCAACUCUCAAGCAACAUCAUGUUCCAACUGGUCACAAGAGUGCAAAUCCAGUCGAGAAAUAUUCAAUGAAGCAAUGGAAUCUCUUUCAAAUGGUCAGUACAAGCCUCUGAAAACCCAGCCAUCCCAACCUUUGGCAGAAUUGAGUAGUUCUUCUCGAAACUAUUAUAUUCGACAGACAACAUCAGCUUUAAAGUUUAUAUGUGAAUCAAUAGCACCUGGACAGGCACUUUAUCUACUUGAAGAGGUAAUUUUGAGUACCCAAUCCCCACAACAUGAUAAAAAAGCCAGACCAAAGACGGAUGCAUUAACAGAGACUGUCAUAGAGGCUUAUACAAAGGCAGAUGAUUACAAUACAAGAACUCAAAUAAUCUCCCUAAUAGCUAACAAGUACACAAAGUCACUUAUUGAUGGUCUCUCUGUCCAUAAAAUUGACUCGGCAAGAAAGCAUGCAUCUACUCAUGGACCCGGCCAGUACAUUGCACCACCAAAAGUGACUAGAGUGAGGCUGACUAAAGGACGAAUUCAGCACUUCAUAGAAUUCAUCUCAACACCAUGCUACCUCCAAACAGUUGGAUUUGGUUCCAAAGUUUUAAAACUGUCAUCUGGUGUCCAAGUCAAAGUGCCGAAAGUGAUCCGAACAAUGUUAGCAUCUCGGUUGAUAAAUGCAUACAGUUUGUACUGCCAAGAAAAUUCAUUAAAAAUGCCAUCACGUGCCACCCUGUUUAAAGUCAUCAAAGCCUGUGCAGCAUCACAACUCAAGUCAUUACACGGACUAGACAAUUAUGCCAGUGAAGGGCUUGCUGCUAUUGAAGUUUUCGAGAAGACCAUAGACAAAUUUGUUGAACAUGGAUUGCAGCUUGAAAAGGCCGUUGAAUUAAAAGGAAAAAUCAAUAGUCUGCGAAUCUUUUUGAAACAUGACUUUCAAACCCACUUAAGCAAUAGCAGUACUUGUAUUCACCAUUGCAUGCAGUAUGCACUGAGCGACAAAACAAUUUGCGACCAUGAACAUACCAACUUUUGCACUUCUUGUGAGAAUUUAGAUGAAACCAAGGAGUCAAUUGAUCAAUGUUUCAAAAGUUUGCCAUUUUCUGACGAACAGAUCAGAGAAGAACUUCAAUAUGACAUUGAAUCAUCUAAUGAGAAAAUCAUCAACUGGCGCAACCACUGCAUUAGAUCAGUGAAUCAAGAUCUCUGCAAAAAGGAUUCGUUGAAACAAUUGAAGGAGAAUCAAGUAUUCAUUAUUGCUGACUGGGCCAUGAAGUAUCUUCCUCAGUCCUUCAGAGAAACACAGAGCGAGUGGUUCGGUAAGCAAGGAUUGAGUUGGCAUGUUUCAUGUGCAUUGUUUCCAGAAAAGGAGGAGAGUGAUGACAAUGCUGGUUGCUACCAUUUUCUUCCUUUGAUGGCAUACCUGUGGAAGAACAGAAGUGUAACUGACAUUACUGUGAAAGAAUUUAACUUCAGCGAAGUACAGUCAGGCAAGGACAUAUGUGAUGCAAGGACAGGAAGUUGCAGGUUACAUAUCCUUAAUUACAUUAAUGAAGGACAUGAUGUGACAGAUGUGUUCCAGAUGAAGAAUGCCCUAGAGGGUCAUGAUGGUGUUGUAAACACAUAUGUAUCAAUCAUUGAUGUGUCCAUGGAAAAGCAGCCGAAGCUAUCAGGCCAGCUGAAGGGAUGCUCCAUCACCCAGUUCAACAACUUUAUUUUUGAGGAAGAUGGUUUGAGAAUCUUUAAGGCUUAUGGAUUUGGGGAAGAGAGAAUAUCAACUGAAAGUUUGAAUGCUUUUUCCAAACACAUGUCAGAGAUUUGUGGAUAUCAGAUUAAGGCAUUUCCAACAACGCCCGAGACAAGAGGCUUGAUGAAGAAAACGUCUUCUCACCUUCUCUAUUGUAAAGACCCCGAUUGUGUCAAACAGUUUAAGAAGCAGGAUCACAAAACAGAUAGCACUGAAGAUACCACUAAACGUUUAUGGGCAGAGAAGUGUGUAUCCGUCAGAGGCAACCAGCAUGUAACUUUACCUGAGACAGAACUGAUUGAUCCCUCAUUUUCAUUUACUGAACCUGCAGGGUAUGCCUUGAAAAAGCGGAAAAGGGGGACCCGAUUCUCAUUUAAAGUAAAAGAUUACAUCUUAAAUAUCUUUGAAGCAGGGGAAACAACUGGAAAAAAAGCAAAUCCAUAUUCAGUAUCCAAAAAUAUGAGAUAUGAAGUGGACGAAAAUGGUCAUCGCUUAUUUAAACCAUCUGAAUGGCUCAGUCAGCAACAAGUUAGAGGUUUGUUUGCAAACUUUGCAACUAAGAAACAGUCAGCCCAAGGAGCCAAACGGUUAAAGUUGGAAGAGGCAGAAACAGACUACGAUGAAGACCUUCAGAAUACAGUAAGUGCAUUGCUUGCAGCUGAACGCAUGGAUGUGAUGGCCACAAUUUGUGAUACAUUUUGA